AUGCAAUCAGCAGGUUUAACAGAUAUAAGACCCGAUCGAAUCUUAACCUCAGAUGAUUCAGCUUAUUUAGCAUUAGAAUCAGGUUACGAACCUAUCAUAAAUGAUUCGCUAGCAUUCGAUAUUUAUCCAGAUCCACCAUCAAAAGAUCCAUCUAGAUUAUCAUUAAGACCACCUAUAGUAUGUAUAAUGGGACAUGUAGAUCAUGGGAAAACUACUUUAUUAGAUUCGCUUAGGUCUUCUUCUAUUGCUGAUCAAGAAGCUGGUGGAAUUACUCAACAUAUUGGUGCUUUUGAAGUUUCUGUAACAGAUUUGAUGGAUGAUUCGUCGCCUAAAACGAUCACUUUUCUGGAUACACCUGGUCAUGCUGCUUUCAGUGCUAUGAGAAGUAGAGGAGCAUUAACAACAGAUGUAGCCAUCAUCGUAGUAGCAGCAGACGAUGGAGUCAAACCACAAACAUUAGAAGUGAUCGAAUUAGUAAAACAAACUGAUAUAGGAAUCAUAGUAGCCAUAACGAAAUGUGAUAAACCAUCCAUAGAUUUACAUAGAACGAAAUCAAUGAUAUAUGAAGCCGGAAUCGAAAUUGAAGAUUUAGGUGGCGAGAUUCCAUGUGUAGAAGUAUCAGCAUUAAAUAAAAAAGGUUUAGAUCAAUUGGCAGAAACGAUAAUUGCAGUAGCAGAAGUAAGAGAAUUGAGAAUAGAAAGUGAAGGGGUUAGAUUUGAAGGAAGAGUCAUUGAAUCUGACGUUAGUAGAGAAAGAGGAAAUGUUGCAACGAUUAUUGGACUUCGUGGCACUUUGAAAAUCGGGACUGAUUUGAUUGCUGGUACUUCUUAUGGUCGUGCACGUCAAUUGAUUUCAGUUUCAGGUGAACCUAUUGAAUUUCUUAAACCAGGUCAACCAGCACUUGUAACGGGAUGGAAACAAUUACCUGAAGCUGGUAGUUUAGUAUUAGGGGUCGAAACAGAAGAUCAAGCAAAAAGAGCAUAUGAGAAUCGAAUCAGAAGAGAAGAAUCUAGAAAAUUGAUUGAAGAGAUUGAAGUGGUAAAUGAAAAGCGAGCGAAUGCUAAAGAAAUUUUUGAAAACAAGAAAUCUGAAUUGAUUGGACUUGAUAGACGAGCUAGAUGGGCACAUUUACGUGAAAGAGAAAAAUUAGAAAUGGUUGCUGAAGCUAAAGCUAAAGGAGAAGAAGAAACAGAAUUAGAACAUGAAUUAAGGAUUAUUACCAAAGCUGACUUUACAGGUACAGUCGAAGCCUUGAAAACUGCACUAGGUGGACUUGGAAAUGAAACAGUAAGAGUCAAGAUUGUGAGUAGUGGGGUAGGAAAUGUAACCGAGAGUGAUGUAGGAAUGGCAGUAGCUUCAAAAGGCAUGAUCAUUGGAUUUAAUGUGGGAGUAGAUCGAGCUGCAUUUGUUCCAAUGGGAACUCAUAAAAUCGAAUGUAAAACUGAAACUGUGAUUUAUAGAUUAGUAGAACAUGUGACCAAUAAAUUAAUUGAUAUGUUACCUAAACGAUUUGAAGAAAGAGUAGUGGGAGAAGCUACGAUUGCCGAAAUCUUUGAAAUCACUAUCAAAGGUAGGAUUACUAAGAAAGUAGCUGGAUGUAAAGUUAUGAAUGGUGAAAUUAAAAAGAAAGAUGGGAUUAGGAUUAUGAGAGGGAUGGAAAUCAUUUGGGAAGGAAAUCUUGAACAACUUAAACAUGGAAAGAAAGAAGAAAAAUCGAUUUCUAAAGGUAAAGAAUGUGGAAUUGAAUUUGGAAAUGGGUUUAAUGAAUUUAUGAUUGGAGAUAAAGUUUUAGGAGUUGAAAAAUUCGAAGUGACUAGAAGUUUGAGUGAUGGAUUAUGA